AUGUCGUCCCGAGACUCCCACGUUUCCCGCUCGUCCCGGCACUCGUCCUCUUCAGGUCGAUCCCGUCACGGAGACGCAGACUCGACUGUGUCCUCAUCCACCAUCAGGCACUCCGCCGCCCCCGGCGGAUCCAGGCUCUAUGAGUCCGAGGGCUCGGUGAUCGGCUCGGAGGUCUCGCGCUCGUCGCGACGCUCCAGCACCGCCGGUCAUUCCACUUCCGAUCGAGACUCCCACGUCUCAUCGUCCAGGCACUCGUCUUCCGGUCGUUCUCGACACGGCGACGCAGAGUCGACGGUGUCCUCAUCCCGACACUCAGUGUCUGGCCGAUCUAGUCACGGUGACGCAGGUUCGACUGUGUCCUCAUCCCGUCACUCAUCGUCCGGUCGUUCUCGGCACGGCGACGCAGACUCGACCGUGUCCUCGUCCAGGCACUCUAGUGUCUCCGGCUCGUCGCGACACUCUAGGUCCAGCGAGUCAACCGUCUCCUCAUACCGACACUCCGCUGCCCCCGGCGGCUCCCGCCUCUACGAGUCCGAGGGCUCGGUCAUCGGCUCUGACGUCUCGCGCUCCUCACGUCGCUCCAGCACCGCCGGCCACGGCCACGGCCAUAGUUCCCGAGACGGCGGCCUCGCCGCUCGGCUCCGGGAUAUGACGAUCCACGAGGAGCCGCGAUCGGGAGACUCAACUGUUUCCUCGUCGCGCCACUCCACUGUCUCGGGUAUGUCGCGACAUUCCACGCGCUCAGGCGCCUCAGACUACUCGCGGGCCUCGGACCGCACGGUCACCAGUGCUCGCCAACGGACGUACCGGGAGGACUUCACGUUCCUCAUUGGCCGCACCCGGCAGUACCGCAAGGAGAACCCGUUCCACUACUACGUGAUCCUGCACGGGAACAACACUAAGACUUGCGAGCAUUGGUUCGUGGACAUUGAGAAGCCAACCAGGCUCAAGACCGUCAAUGGGCACACGGUCGGCCUUGACCAUUUCCAUAUGCAUGAGGAUUCGCCUAGGUGUACGGAUCACUGCAAGGACUUGACCAAGGUCUACGUGGGGACUAUCAAGGCUAGAGAUCGGCCUCGCUGGGACAAAAUGUGGGAGUUGUAUGAUCCGACGAAGUACCAAUAUGAUCUUCUGGCUCCGUAUGCGUGGUCGACUAUGGUGUGUGAAGAGCUGCUUGAGGAGUACGCUGUUGUCAAUGCUUUGAUGGAGUUGGGUGGUGAUUUCAUGCAUCCUACCAGUGGUCAGCCUUGCUAUGUAGAGCAUGUUCCUUAUGUGUGA